AUGCAACCAGAUCUGGUGGACUCGAGUCACCAAUUGAAAAUAAAUUCCGAGUCCACAGGACAUACUGAGCUGGAAAGCAAACUCACAGAUGGAAGAAAUAUCUUUCGACAUAUGAUAGACGCCCUGGAUGUUAUGCAAUCACAUUACUUUGAGCUAUGGAUCGGGACCUGGCCUUCAGCUAUCGAUUGGACAGCAGCAGUGAUAAACACUGCUGUCUCUUCCACACUCGGAACUGUUGCUCGAGCAAGCAGCAAGACAGAUAAUGAUCGCUACUCAAGGAUAAUCAACAAGUACUUUUCUCACAACGCGGCUUAUUACUUCGGAGAAGACGCUUUCAGUAUACGUAAUGAAGCCUAUGAUGAUAUCCUGUGGACCGUUCUGGAGUGGCUUGAGAACAUCAAGACCAUCGGAUAUCGAAAUACUACAGAGCCUUCAUGGCAUGGCGCACAAUUCAUUCCUGGCUUCAGUCACCGAGCGCGAUUAUUCUGGGACCUCGCUUCCAAAGGUUGGGACAAUGAUCUAUGUGGAGGCGGCAUGAUCUGGAACCCUCGACUUUUGCCGUACAAGAACACGAUCACAAAUCAGCUAUUCAUUUCAGCCUCAGUCGCCAUGUAUCUUUCUUCUCCUGGUGAUUCCAUCGAUUUCCCUUUCUUGACUUCUGAGUCACAGGUCUUUGGCUCUAUGCCGGGCCGCCCACAUGAUCCAAAGUAUCUCAAAGCUGCAAUCGAGGGCUACUCUUGGCUCAAGAAGAGUAACAUGACUAACGCCCAAGGCCUAUACGUCGAUGGCUACCACAUCAAAGGCUACAGCCAAAACGGAAGCAUCGGCACAGGCAAAUGUGACGAUCGCAACGAGAUGGUCUACACCUACAAUCAAGGCGUCAUUCUAUCCGGCCUGCGAGGUCUUUGGGAAGCGACUGGAAACGAAAGCUACCUACAAGACGGCCACACUCUCAUUCGCGAUGUCAUGGCAUCCACCGGCUGGUCCUGGUCCGGAGAGCCAAAAUCGCCAAUUCGCAAAUCCUCCAGCUGGGCUGGACUAGGUCAACACGGCAUCCUAGAGGAGCUGUGCGAUCGAAGCGGCUCCUGUAGUCAAGACUCUCAAACCUUCAAGGGUAUUUUCUUUCAACACUUGACGCAAUUCUGCGAGACUUUGCCAUUGAAAGCCAAGAUCCCUGGCAAAACACAUUCAGCAAGCAAGUCGCUUAAAGACAAGCACAGCGAUUUUUGCAGAACGGUGGGACUAUGGGCUGCACACAAUGCUGAAGCGGCUCUGAGCACCAGGAAUGGAUCCGGUCUUUUCGGAACAUGGUGGGGGUAUGAAUUUGCGGCUGAGGACUACCCACAAAGCCUUCCUGCCCGUGCAGUCGACUACCGAAAUGAUGCAUCCAUCUUGACAACAAGUGAAUGGACACAGCAAGGGAGGUUGCAGCCAAUGCCCGUCCCUGAUAGACAAACAGCGGAAAGCAAUGAAGAUGUUAAGACUGCAGAUGUCAACGACCGCGGCAGAGGUCGUACGGUAGAAACGCAACAAGGAGGUCUUGCCGUCUUGAGAUCAUCUUGGGAGUUGCUCAACUCGGGGAGAUAG